AUGAGUCCUUCUAGAUCAAAAUUAAGAAAGCAACAGAAGGAAUUCAAUGCUCUUUUAAAUUUCCCUGAUGAAAUUCUACAUUUGAUUAUGGAUAAUUUAAAAUCCCUUGAUUUAUUGAAUUAUGUUCGUGCUGUUCCUAAAUUACAAAACGAUUUCAAAGAGAAUUAUAGAGUCUUUACUGAUUGUGGAGAUAAAGCUGAAUUCUCAUUCUUAUCAAAUCGCUACUGUUUCAAGCUUGGUCAAUCUGGUAAGAAGAGAAACGUUGAUAAGUUUCAAAUAUUCAAUGGAACUGUGAUGUUUGAAAUUUUUGGAAAUCAUGUACGUCGUGAUCGUGGGUAUCCUUAUAAUAGAGAUGAAGGUCCCAUCAAUGAAACCAAUGAAUUAAUUGAAAAUAUCGCUAAGAUAAAUACCAAUGGUGUAAUGUUUAGUGUCAAAGCUCAUGAGCAUACUUCCUUCGAUCAUCCAGUUAUAGACCUGAUAAAUAUGUCAAACAAUCCAGUUUAUUCAUUAAAGUAUCUCAGCUUACCGAAACUAGAGUACUUUGAAUUUAAUCGAAGAGUUCAUACCAUUAAUACAGAGAUUACUACACCAUUUGAAGGAGUAACAAAUCUCAAAAUAUCUAAAUAUCAAGGUGUUGCUAAUUUGAAUUUCUAUCCAAAUUUGAAAAAUCUGACUAUUGAAAAUGUUAAAGAAUUAUCAUUUGAGAAGUCUUCAGUCUUCCCUGAAGUACUGGAGUUGAAUUCAUUCCACGAGGGUAUUUUAUUCACAAGCUCCAUGUGUGAAAAGUUGAAAUAUCUUUAUAUUAACCUUUCAAGUCGAGAAGCAAAUAAUAAUUCCUCAACCCAUGGUUUGAAGGAUCUUGAAUUUCCAAACUUGAUAGAGCUGGAAAUAAGAAGUGGUCAAAUAAUUAAUGAAAUUAAAAACAUUUCAGCACCAUUGUUGAAAAAAUUUACUGUAAUUGCAUCAUAUUUGGAGUUAGGUCUGGAAAAGUUAUCAUUCCCAGUUUUAGAAUCAAUUUAUAUAUCGUCUAAAGGUUUAAAUAUUACAAAUAUUGAAAGUAUGAUGUUUCCUCAAUUGGAGAGCUUUGAAAUCGGAUAUACCCCGUCAACAGCUUAUGAUACUACUGCCAAAAGUAAUCAUGAUAUUUCAAAGCUACCUCUUCAUUUCCUUAGAAAUGCUAGAAAAGGUGAAAUAUACAAUUGUCACCAUAUUAUAGAAUCAUUAGAUAUGGUAAAUCUAGAAGAACUGUGUUUGAGGGGUGCCCCUGUUAAAGAAUACCCUACUAAUGCUCAAUUCAAUAAGCUGAAAUCAUUAGAAAUUUCAAGGGAUAAAUACGGGUCUGAUAAAAAUCAAAAGAUUCCCAAAUUAGUUGCACCAAAUUUACAAUAUCUCAAACUUAAGGCAUGUCAAGUUUCUAAAGAUUUCUUUGAUCAAAAUUCAAGCAAUUAUGUUAACCAACUUGUUUGUCAAGAUAUACCAGCUCUUGAUAUAUCAGACACUAAAUUACCUCAUCUUGAAGUUCUUGAUAUAAAUGAUGUGGAUUCAGAAGUUAACUUAUCCAAUUGUCAUCUUCCUUCUCUAACCAAGUUGAUUAUACAAGGACACAAAGAAUAUUAUGGUCGAUCUAAGUUUGAAACUCAUGUGAUUCUCCCUGAACUGAGUUUAUCUCCAGAGCUAGAAAAUAUUGAUAUUUCAUAUGUUAAGAAGAUACAGGGACAGCUAACAAAUAAAGAUUGUCCCAAGUUGGUUAAGCUAAGGUUUUUCAAGUGCAAGAAUGAUCCAAAGAUUGAGAUUCUUCCUCAAGGAAACCUAGAAACCAUAAUUAUUGAUACUUCAGUGUCGGACUCUGAAGAUUGA